AUGGUCUGCGAAACAAACCGAAGCUGGACACACGCUGUGGAUACCAAGGGCUGAAGAACAAUUCUUUCUUCUUCCACCCCACCCCAAAACUGCCCCGGGAUUACAAAUUUUAGGACCAUGUCUUCUAACAACAGCGGCCAUCGUGGUGGUCUUGAAGCCAACAGCUGCCAAUCAAGUGGCCAUGUUCCAAGAACUUCCCAGAGCCAGGUAUGCCAAUCCACUCUUCGCCUUUGUCGCACCCCCAUCUACCUCAUAAGCAACUUCCGUGUCCAUCCCUCUCUGGAAGACAGCAGCUGGGUCGGUGAAGGUAUCAACAGUAAUGAGAAGGAGACCAUGCAGAUCUUGAACAACCGCCUUGCUAACUUCCUGGAAAAGGUGCGAAUGUUGGAACGAGAGAACUCUGAAUUGGAGUGCAGAAUCCAGGAAGAGUGUAACAAAGAGCUCCCUGUCCUAUGUCCUAAUUACCUGUCCUACUACACCACAAUCGAGGAGCUCCAGCAGAAGAUCUUGUGUACCAAGGCUGAGAAUUCCAGACUGGUCUCACAAAUUGACAACACCAAACUGGCUGCAGAUGACUUGAGAGCCAACUAUGAAGCUGAGGUGUCCCUACGCCAGCUCGUGGAGGCAGAUGCCAACAGCCUACGGAAGAUCCUGGACGCGCUGACCCUGAGCAAGGCUGACCUAGAGGCGCGAGUGCAGUCUCUGAAGGAGGAGCUCCUCUGUCUCAAAAAGAGUCACCAAGAGGAUAUUGAUUCCUUACAGGGCCAAAUUGGGGACAGACUCAACAUUGAAGUAACCAUGGCCCCUUCAGUUGACCUAAACCAGAUUCUACAAGAAAUGAGAUGUCGGUAUGAGGCCAUCAUGGAGACGAACCGUAAAGACGUGGAACAGUGGUUCAACACACAGAUGGAGGAACUGAAUCAACAAGUGGUGACCAGCUCUCAGCAGCAGCAGUGCUCCCAGAAGGAGAUCAUAGAACUGAGACGCACCCUGAAUGCUCUGGAGGUGGACCUGCAGGCCCAGCACCGAAUGAGAGAUUCUCAGGAAUGCAUCCUGACAGAGACUGAGGCCCGCUACACAGCCCUGCUGGCCCAGAUCCAGAGUCUGAUCCAUAACCUGGAGGCUCAGCUGACAGAGAUUCGCAGUGCCCUGGAAAGACAAAACCAGGAAUACGAGAUUCUGCUGGAUGUCAAGUCCCGGCUAGAGUGUGAGAUUGCCACAUACCGCAGCCUUCUAGAGAGCUCAGAUUGCAAGCUUCCCUGUAAUCCGUGUGCCACCAAAUGCGAGUCUUCCACUUGCACAUCCUCCAAGCCCAGGGCCAUGGAAUGCACUGCCCCUGUUUUCACAUCCUCGGCCCCCCAUGGAAUACUCAAGCCGUACAGUGUCUGUGGACCCCUAUCCCGGAUACUGGUUAAAAUAUGCACCAUCACCAAGGAGAUUAAGGAUGGGAAGGUCAUUUCUUCUCAUGAACAUGUGCAGCCUUGCUUCAUCCCCAGACUUGCCAAAGUCUAA